AUGAGCUCAUUGAAAGCACUGCUUAAUUCGAAAUCAUUUGACUCUAUGACAACUUCCAAUCUUGAAAUGACAAAUAGCAGUGGUCGGAAGCGCGGUGCAGCCCUAGAAGAAUGGUUGCUGCGGAAGUUUCCUGAACUAUACGGGAAGUCGCGUGAUCUGGAGAGCACAACCGUCACAGCAAAUGAUGUCGAAAAUCAACCGCUCAAUUUGGUGAAGCGAAGCAGGCGAGAUGUAGAAGUGAAAGAUGAAACACCAGCAUUUUAUACCGAUUGUACGGGUCGUAUUUAUCCCAAAACAUUACGAGCAAACAGUCAUAAUCGUAUAUCUGUGCAACGCUCAGAUCCAAAACAUGACAUAAUCUCAAGUGAAUAUUAUGUACUACCGAAAGGAGAUCUAUUUAACCUAAAAAAUGAGCACAUAUCAAAUCGAGUGGACAACGAUUUGGAAUGGAAUGAAAGUGAAAGUAAAACAUUACCAGCAUCGAAUUACGAAGGAAAGCGUGUUGAUAAAAACAUUAGAAAUAUCAAUUCUGCAACAAUGUAUGGACAAUAUAGCAGCAAGCUACAAAAUAAUGAUAAACGAGCUGGUGGAAGUAUCUAUUCGUUUACUACAAAUAAGCAAGUUGCAAAACGUCUAACAACUCCUAAAUUAACAAAGCACAAUGAUGCAGCCUACUAUCCGAAUAUUCAAUGCCUACUUUGUCGAGAGUGGGUGUGUUCCAGAAAUAGAUACAUGCACGUCGAAUCGCAUUUGCAAUAUCGCCCAUAUAAAUGCAGUUUUUGUGGAUACGAUAAUAGAAAAGAAAUAUUUAUUAUAUUGCAUAUCAAAAAAGUGCAUGGUGGCAGGGCUGAAGUUAUCCGGGAUAUUAAUACUGAAUUAGAACAUGAAGCAUGGAACAUUGCAGAACGAUGUGUUGAGCAUACACGAGACGUACUGCAUCGUGCACAUCAAGAAGCUGUUCAGGAUGAUAAAGCAUCGACAUCUACGGAAUCCAACAAUUCUACUAAAGUUGAAGAGGCAUUGCUUAGCAAAUAUUCAACGCAGUACCGCCCAAAAUUAUACAACACACAACGAGCGGAAAAAAGUCUAGUUAUUGAGGAUUCGUUGAAAAUGGGUAUUGUUCCUGAUUUUAGUGAGGUUUCAAAUCGGGAAGUGAAAUGUCAGGUGAGGCUUUACAAUGGUGUUAAGCACAAAGAAAUUGUGCCAAUAGUACAAAUACUAAUGAUUUGUAAUGGUUUUGUGAUUUCACAUGUAACGGUUAUGGAAGAACAUACUCGGUCACAUCUCAUGCAGCCAUCUUACCGUUGUUCCGUUGGAGAUUGCACACUGCAGCAUCACUCAAAAAAUUUCUUAACACGACACAUGAAGGAAGUUCACAAAUAUAAGCGAACUCCGACAGAUAUCAUAGAAUUGGAUUCAUCUCUUAAAAAGGAGUUUUGCAAAAUCGCAUCUCAAUGUUUUCCAAGUCAUUUUUCGGAUCAUCUUUCUUCAUUUCAUGUUUUUCGGCGAUCACCAUUACCACGGUCUCCAUUAUUGAAAUCAUUAACAGAAACAAACUGGUGCAUUCCAUCUACUUAUUCUACCACUUCAGCUAUGCAAAAUGCUGCCCUAUCAAUGUCAACUCUAACAUCCACUUUUAAAACGUCCAAUACUCCAAUUAUUAAACCAACAUCAUCACUUCUCACAACUAUACUUCCAUUGAAUUUGACGCUUCAAACUCCAACACCAUCGAAUGAUGAUGUAGCGCUACUGCUUCCAACAGCGCCUACUCCUUCUUUAAAAUAUACGCCUCGCUUAAAAGAUCUAAUGAGCGGAUCCAGCGUUCCAAUAGCCAAUCCUGAAUGUAAACCAUUCGUUUUUCAUGCAACAGAACACAGCUCAUCAAAAUGUAUCACAUUAACUAACCUUCUAGCAGCUGCACCAAAGAAUAAUCCUCCACAGGCACGCAUACAACCGUUAACACAAACACCGAUAUCACGGAAAACGUGCAGUUUUUGCCAAGAGGUAUUCGAGGGCGAGUAUUUUGUUUUGUAUAAACAUGUCAAGCAACAUUUAAGCUUACUACCUUAUGAAUGUUCAGUAUGCAAAUUUGCUGAUGUGGACAGAAAAACUGUCCAAGAGCAUAUUUCUCAUGACCACUUGAAAGCUACUCUUAUUGACAGGAUGACAGAUGCAAUAUCUCGACAGUGCUCAGCAUUAUUUACGGCCUGUUUUCCGGACGUACCGUUGCAACCAUCAUUGCAUGAUAAUGUGCAAAAAUGA